AUCAUCCACCCAGCUUCAUUUUCACUUCUUGUCCUCCACCUUGGAAUAAAGGACUUGGCAGUCAUGAAGGUCCUCAUUCUCGCCUGCCUGGUGGCUCUCGCUCUUGCAAGGGAGAAGGAACAACUCAGUGUUCCCACAGAGGCUGUAGGAAGUGUUUCCAGCAGCGAGGAAAUUACACAUAUCAACAAGCAGAAACUCGAGACGAUUAAGCACGUGGAACAGCUGCUAAGAGAGGAGAAACUCCAGGAUAAAAUUCUCCCCUUUAUUCAAUCACUCUUUCCUUUUGCUGAGCGCAUCCCCUACCCUACUCUUCCACAGAACACCCUGAACCUUGCUCAACUCGACAUGCUGCUACCUCUCCUUCAGCCUGAAAUAAUGGAAGACCCCAAGGCUAAAGAGACCAUUAUCCCUAAGCACAAACUGAUGCCCUUCCUUAAAUCUCCAAAGACGGUCCCCUUUGUUGACUCUCAAAUUCUGAAUCUCAGGGAGAUGAAAAAUCAACACCUUCUUUUGCCCCAGCUCCUGCCCUUCAUGCACCAGGUCUUCCAGCCUUUUCCCCAGACUCCCAUUCCAUACCCUCAGGCCCUCCUCUCUCUUCCUCAGUCCAAAUUCAUGCCUAUUGUCCCACAAGUGGUGCCCUACCCUCAAAGGGACAUGCCUAUCCAAGCCCUUCAGCUGUUCCAAGAACUGCUUUUCCCUACCCAUCAAGGCUACCCUGUGGUUCAACCAAUAGCCCCAGUUAAUGUCUAAGAGGAUUUCACAGUUAAUAUCUUUUCCUGAUUUUUGAAUUGACUGAGACUGGAACUUUGGCAUCUUCUCCGUCUUUCUAUCAUGUCAUCAGAAACUAAAUGUUUUUUAACUAACCAAUAUGGGCAAAUGAAUCCUUACUCUUUUAUUUAUUUUAUGCCUUAAAUGAAAUUUCAUUUAAUUUGAAUUUGACUUGUAAGUUGUUUAUACAUUACAAAUUGUAAUUCAGGUAGUACCAUCAAAAUUCAACAUUGAAUUGGAAAUGUUAUAGCAAUGCCAAAAUAUGUUCAAAAAUAAUUCUUACUAUUAUUUCUUUCAGACUCUAUUUCCUUUCCAGUCAUUUCAAUAAAUUAAUCCUUUAGGCAUA